GACCACCGCACAGCGAAGUGAUCCCCCUGCGAUUGCCGACGUACGCCGUCCGGGUGAAGUUCGUAGUGCUCUUUCUGCUGAUGGCCGAAGACGAGAGUUUGACUCAGUUUCUACAGUGCGUGAAUGAAGACGAUGAAAGGGAGUAUGAGCUGAUAAGGAAGAGCAUACUUGCCUUCUUGUUUCGUGCUCUCCACUCUUUGCUUCAAGUGGCAUGGAUUCUGCCUUCUGCUUCGUUAGAUGUCAAUAGAACUGGAUCAGAUCGAGAGGAAUGGGACCAAGGUUGACGACUUGUCUUGUGCUAGGGCUCCAGAGCUGGUUGAAAGGAUGUUCCAGUGAGCUGGAGACAACUGAUCAGAGCCAUCUACCAACCAGCUGGUGGAGGUAAUCCACGAUUGGCUCGUGACGUAGCCCACUCAUUCAAAGGUAUCUUAUACUCGAUUAUCAUUAUUGUGUAGUUUUUACUCCUGUGUGUAGAAAUGUGUACAUUCAAGCCCAGUGCUAUAGCCCAGAACACCAGUACUGGAAAUAUUGGUAAGCACAGAAUCAGACAUGCCAUCAUUUCUGAAAUGAGGUGUUUGUGGUGGACACAGGUGACUUCUACAAAAACAUUGAAAGUGCUGUAAAAGACAUUCAAACAAUGCUGGAUUCAAAGGUAGCGGCACGUUGGUACCAACUGGGGAUUACCCUGGGUGCCCGAGUGAGUGACUUGGAGAUGAUUCGGCUGGAGAAACAACCUGCCCUGGACUGUGAGAGGAUGAUGCUUCAGGAAUGGCUGAGAAACUGUGACAACACCACCUGGCAACGGCUAGUUGAUUCAGUUGGACAUGUAGCUGGUGGAAACCACCAGCGACUGGCCAGGACUCUGUCAGAGAAUAAACAUACCUAGCUAGUUGUAUAUACUGCAUGCAGUGUCUUUUUAUACAACACCAUUCAUGAUUUGAAAAUUCGUGGGGUUUUUGGUAAACCUAUCCAGGGCUGUUGGUAAGUGUGGAAUUUACAAAACGUAUAUAUGAAUAAUGGAAUUUCCGGGAUCGGAUGUUGACAAAGAGAGUCUGAACAGUGGUCGUUUAAAGCAGUUUGCAGUCGCUGAGCGCCAUGGCCAGAUCUAAAGGAGAUCAAGUAUUGGACGAAAUACUCAAGAAAGUUAGUGACGAAGACGAGGAGACUUUUGAGCUUGAUGAUAGUGCACUGCCCUAUCUGUACCGUGUCAUCUACUCUUUAUCACCCAAGUGGCAUGGAUUCUGCUUACAAUUGGAUGUUCCAGAUCUAGACCAAAUAAAGAAAAAUGGAACCGUUGCUGAUGAUUGCUUAGUAAUCGCUCUCCAGAGCUGGUUGAAGGAAGGUACUGCGACAUGGAGGAACCUCAUUCGGGCUAUUUUCCUACCAGCUGGUGGAGGAAAUCAGGUGUUAGCUAUAAAGAUCGCCAGCUCGUUCAAAGAAAUCCGAUGCUCCAAACCAAUUGAACAGGCUCAAUCUGCUAGCAAAGCUGUCAUUUGGGAUCAGAGUAGUGAAACAACUGUACAGAAUGUGGUAAAAGAGAUCCAAGCAGUGCUGGGCAACACUGUGACAGCUCGCUGGUAUCAGAUGGGCACAGUCCUGGGUGCUCCAGUCGGUGAUCUGGAGGGCAUUCGGGUGGAUCAAAAUGCCUCCCUCAUUGACAAGCAACGUAUGAUGCUGGAAGCAUGGCUAUUGUCCAUUGAAAGCAGUGAUGACAGUAACAAGACAUGGCAGUGGCUCGUGGAUUCUAUUGGCCAUCCUGCUGGAGGGAAACAUCCGAAAAUGGCCUCAAAAAUGGCCAAACUUCAUCCAGCCGAGAUUGUUUCAUCUGAUCAACCGCCAGUAACUGCUCACCAAAACCCAGCUGGACCCAAAAGUGUUGUUUCAGAAAAAGUACAAAGAAGUAUGCGACCAAAUAUGGUGAAGCUGCUGAGUUUUCCGACUUCCGAGGGUUACAAGAACCUAGCUGAACAGAUUGGAGGGAAAUACAGGGUCUUUGGAACCAUUAUUCUCAAUGAUGAGUCACACGCCAUCAUGGACGGGCUAGAAUUACUCACAACAGUCGAGCUGAGGCCAUAACUGAGGCUGUGUUCACAAAGUGGGUCAACAGUGAGAAGACACCAGUGACAUGGGGACAACCUUUUGUCAACAUUGUCGGCGUUCAGGCUUGGAGAGACUUGCUACACUUGUAGAGAGUGGACUGAUAUGAUUCUGGUUUUGUAUAAUACUUCGUUUAUAUAUACACCUACACCACAUCCAUUUUAUGCUAAGGC